UUAACGUACUUACAUAUUUUCAGACAUAAAAAAAAACACAAGCCAUGUACUUGAGUAGACAAAAACCGUAGGUGUCCAGGUGUGCCUUACACUUGCUAAUCCUAAUGUCUUGACCAAAUUAAAUGAAAGAUGAUUAAGCAAAAAAGCAACGAUCCAUUGGAUUUGUGAAACAAUACACAAUGUUGUAAUUUGGUAUGAUUUUAUUUGUGUCCAUUGCUGUCAUGCCUCUAUUUUCACUUCUCAGUGUUAUUUCGUCACAACAUGGCGACGUGCUCGCGCUCAGACACCAGGCUCGAAUUAAACCCUGAAAACAUACAGGUGACUGAAAUCAUGGAGGCUGGUGUUAUUGGGGUCUGCAGUAUAGAAGCCCGGGGACUUGUUGAAGGGAGCAGUUCUCCCGAUGUGGAGACCCCAUCCCAGGAAAACGUGGAGGGUUUUGUGGGACUGCUGAGCAGGGAGGAGGAGAGAGGGGAGACACCCGGAAGGGAGGAUAGCAACCCUGACCCCCUCGAUGGGGAGCUGGACCCUAAUGCUGAGAAAGCCAAGGACCAAAAAGCAUUUGGCAAAGAGGUUCUGGUGUUGAUGCAGGCCCUUCAUACCUUAACAACCCCAGAAGAGAAACUUGCUGCCCUUUGUAAGAAAUAUGCUGACCUGCUGGAGGACAGUCGGAGCAUGCAGAAGCAGGUGAAGGUGUUGCAGAAGAAACAGAAUCAGGUGUUGAAAGAGAAGAUUCACCUGCAGAGUGAGCACAGCAAGGCAGUCCUGGCACGCAGCAAGCUAGAGAGUCUGUGCAGAGAACUGCAGCGUCACAACAAGACCCUGAAGGAGGAGAAUUCUCAGAGGUUCAGGGAAUACGAGGAGCGGCGUAAGGAGGCAACGCUGCAUUUCCAGAUGACCCUCAAUGAAAUUGAGGCACAGAUGGAGCAGCACAACUCGCACAACAGCAAACUGCGGCAGGAGAACAUGGAGCUGGCUGAGAAACUCAAAAAGCUCAUUGAGCAGUACGAGCUCCGGGAGGAGCACAUCGACAAGGUGUUCAAACACAAGGAACUGCAACAGCAGUUGGUGGACGCCAAACUCCAGCGGACGGCCGAGCUAAUGCGAGAGGUGGAAGAGAAACAGCAGAGAGAAAGAGAGUUUCUGCUGAAAGACGCAACUGAGUCGAGACACAAGUGUGAGCUGAUGAAGGAACAGGAGCAUCAGUUAAAACAGCAGCUCACUCUGUACAUGGAUAAGUUUGAGGAGUUCCAGUCCACCCUCGCCAAGAGCAAUGAGGUCUUCACCACUUUCCGACAGGAGAUGGAGAAAAUGACAAAGAAGAUCAAGAAGCUUGAAAAGGAGACAACUCUAUGGAGGACCAAAUGGGAGACCAACAACCAGACUCUACUGCAAAUGGCAGAAGAGAAAACGGUGCGAGACAAGAAUUACAAGGCCCUUCAAGGCAAACUGGAGUGUCUGGAGAAGCUUUGCAGGGCCCUGCAGAGAGAACGCAAUGACCUAAAUCAGAAACUUAGAGCUGUCCAGGGCCCAGCAAAAGACCCUGAGGAAGAGGGUACAGGCCCUCCUGACCCCCAGCCAGAAGAGCGCCCCUGCCGGCCCUUGAACCCAGAGAUGGAGGGUUUGGUGCCAGAAACAGAGAAACUCGGGCUUCAGUCUGAGGGGGGCACCACAUCAUCCACACAACUGAUUGACGACUGAGCCUGGCCUUCAGAUGGCUUUUUUUUUUGUAGAGGUAUAUAUUUUUGUCUAACAAUUAUUAUCAUAACUAAAUUUGUGAGGAAAAAGCAGGACAUAAGCGAAGAUGCUAACUGCUCUUUGUGUUGGUAAUCAGCUUUGUGGUGAGCACUUUUUACUCCCUGUUUUCUAUCACAUUGUAUUUUCAUAGGAAAUGGUCAUGUGGUCCAAUAUGGCCGCCAUGCAGCUUUGUUUCAUAUGUCUCUUUUGUUUUUUCUUCCCACAUUCUGUUCUCAGCACUUCCCUGCUCAUCUGUGCUGUGGUCGCACAUUAUUAUUUUCUCUGCAAUAGAAUGUAGCUCUUGGUCUGACCUCUAGGAUCAGAAUACAUUUUUUUUAAUGCAUAUAAUGUUGAAUAUUCCUAUUUUGAAAUAACAGUACGUAGUAAACAAGCCUGUCCAGCUCUAAAUGUCCUGAUGACCUUGAGACUUGAGAAAUAGGGCAUUAAUGUCAGACUCCUUGGCAUUUUGAGUCUGGGCCAAGAAGAGUCCUUAACAGGUCAUGCUUCUAUUGCUUUGAUUAAAAUUUAAUUGAAAUGGACUUUAAAAUAAGAUACAUGUUUUAUAGAUGAAGAGAGGGGUCAAAAUUGAGAGAUUCUUUAUCUCCACAUUGUCUGUAGCUUUGUUUCAUGUGGGAAUCUGAUUAAGGGCUAGUUUGACUUUGAAAAAGGCUGCUACAUCUCUUAAGAAUUUUGUGAAAUGCAAGGAACAGUACUGCAGUUUAAGAGGGGAGGGACUUCCUGUUUUGUUGCAUGACAGACAAAAGGAACAGCAUCUUUACCAGCAGAAAAACUUAUGUGUGGAAAAAAAUGCCAAGUGUAUUGAUGUUUCAUUAAAAUUUGUUUAAUCUUUACAACCACAUUUACACAGAUUAGCCACAACAUUAAAACCACCUGCAGAAUAUUGUGUAGGUCCCCCUCGUGCUGCCAAAACAGAACCAACCCACAUCUCAGAAUAACAUUCUGAGGUGAUAUUAAUCUCACCACAAUUGUAAAGGUUAUCUUAGUUACCAUAGACUUUGUCAGUUAGAACCAGUCUGGCAAUUCUCUGUUGACCUCUCUCAUCAAGGCAUUUUCAUCCACAGAAAUGCUGCUCACUGGAUGUUUUUUGUUAUUGUCACCAUUCUGUAAUUCUAGAGACUGUUGUGCAUGAAAAUCCCAGGAGAUCAGCAGGUACAGAAAUGCCUAAACCUGCCCAUCUGGCACCAACAAUCGUGCCACGGUCCAAAUUACUGACAUCACAUUAUUUCACCAUUCUGAUGGUUGAUGUGAAUGUUAACUGAAGCUCCUGACCCGUAUCUGCAUUAUUGUGUGCACUUCUCUGCUGCCACACAAUUGGCUGAUCAGCUAAUCGCAUGGAUGAUUGUUGGUGUCAGAUGGGCUGGUUUGAGUAUCUCUGUAACUGUUGAUCUCCUGGGAUUUUCAUACACAUCUCUAGAAUUUACUCCCAAGUGUGCCAAAAACAAAAAAUAUCGAGUGAGCGGCAGUUCUGUGGCUGGAAAUGCCUUGCUGAUGAGAGAGGUCAACAGAGAAUGGCCAGACUGGUUAGAACUGACAGUCUACGGUAACUCAGAUAACCGCUCUGUACAUUUGUGGUGUGAAGAAUAUCACCUCAGAAUGCUAUUCUGAGAUGCGGUUUGGUGCUGUUUUGGUGGCACGAGAGGGACCUACACAAUAUUGUGGCUGAUCAGUGUAUAUUUGUAAGAGAUAACAAGGUUUGUUUUUUUCUUUUGGAUCGGAAUAUCCAUCCCACCACAAGCUAAAUGAAAGUCAAUCUGUAUAAAUGGACCUUAUAAAAUUAAAAAAAUAAUUUGACAUCUUCAGUCAGUUUAAAAAAUAAGGAGAAAUAUGCUUGUAUAAUUUUCAUUUUGCAAAAGGCUUUGAGGGGGUUCACCCAAAAAUGAAAAAUCUCAUCGACUCAAUCUCAUGCCAUCACAGAUGUGUGUAACUUUUUCUUCUGCUGAUUUUUGGUUCUGUAAAUCCAUACAUUGCAAGUGAAUGGUGACCAAAACUUUGAAGGUCCAAAAAGCAUAUAUAGGCAGCAUAAAAGUAAUCCAUACAACUCCUGUGUUUAAAUCCAUAUCUUGAAAAGUGCUAUGAUAUGUGUGGUUGAGAAACUGAUCAAUAUUUAAAUAAUUUUUUACUAUAAAUUCUCCUUGCUGCCCAGUAAAUGGCUAUAUGCAAAAAUAAUGUGAAUUGCCAAAAAGAAAAUAAUUUGAAAGUGGAGAUUGUCAGUAAAAAAGGACUUAAAUAUUGAUCUGUUUCUCACUCACACCUAUUAUAUCACUUCUGAAGAUACAGAUUUAACCACUGGAGUCAUGUGGAUUACUUUUAUGCUGCCUUUAUGUGCUGUUUGGACUUCAAAGUUCUGGACACCAUUUACUUGCAUUGUCUAAACAUACAGUGCAGAGAUAUUUUUCUAAAAAAGUCAUACAUCUGGUAUCGCAUGGUGAAUAAAUUGUAUGAAAUGAAAUAUUCACUUUAAGCAUGUUUUUGCCAGUCAAAUUGACAGUUCACAUUAUUUCAACUAACUGGACGCAAAACUGAGUAUUCACCUAUGUCUCAUUUAAAAGGGGCCAUGACGUAUUUGAUACUGGAUAUACUGAAUGUGAUUUCUCUUUUUUUGGACUGUAAUAACAAUAAAAUGCAGUUUAAUAAUGGCAUUCAAUGCUAAAUUGUCAAUAUUGCUAAUAAUGUGAAAUAUGUAGACAACUGAAUUGAUGAAUGUAGAAAUGCAUCUUUCAUAUGCAAAUUGCCAAUUCCAUUUAUAAACUACCGUAACUACUUGCCACUCAGACGCAUAGCCCUUCAAGGUCUGUUCAUUAUCAUGGUUUGGACACACAGGGUCUAUAAACACUUGCCUCCUCAGGUACAUUAGAACAACAUCUGGUCUUGUGCAUGCCCUGUUACCUAUGACAAGGUCCAGUACAUUCCUUAGCAGUGACUUCCAACAAAAUACAUUUUUAUUUUGUGCUUGAACACACACUCAGAAAGUAAAACUUUUAAAGAAUGCUUUCAGUGUAACUAAUCAUGUUAACCACAACGAUGUUUUUCUCCUGAAAACUUAUUUUUUUAAAUUGGCCAAUCCUUUCCUCAAAUUUUAAUAACAAUUUCAUAGUUUGUGAUUAUAAUGUCUUAGCCCUUGAUAUGUAUGACUUGGGAUUCUCUGUGUAACAGUUUCACCUCACUUUCAAUCAUGUUUUUAUUAUGCAGAUUGUCAAAAAUCUUUUAGAACAUUUAUUUAGAUACUGCAUACAUCUGUAAUUGGGGUUGUGUUUGAGUGUUGGUACUUUGUAUUGCUUCUGCUUUUUUUUUUUUUUUUUUGCAAUACCCCAGUUUGAUUCUCAGGUUAUGCAAGAAAUCUACCUCUGCAGGUAAGACGUACUGUGAAAGACACCCAAGAGAGCUUUCCUUUUGCCCAAACUCGGCCUGUGACCCUUCUGAGAUUGUACAAUGCUCUUUUAGUUCUG